AUGAGAAUAUACAAAAGUGACGGUAGUUAUGUUGAAGACAAUGACACUGAGUUUGGAUGGUAUUUUUACGAAAUUAUGGUUGACGAGAGCAACGAUCGAUUUGAGGAGAUUAAUAGAGAAACUAGGUAUAUUUCUAAGUUGAAGAAACCGCUUAGUUUUACUUUUGAAUCAAUAGAUUAUACCAAUUUUGAAGAAAUAGAGGAAAGACCAAUAGAAAAAAUUAGCCCAGAUAUUGAAAUUGAGAGCAUAUUUGAUGUUGAGUCGUGCACUACCGAAGAAGACGAUGAAUCGAUUUGCGAGGAAGUAGAUCUAGAAUUUCCUCCAAAAGACAAACUUGCCGAGCUUAUCGACCCAUGUAGUCCUGAAACUAAAAUGUUAUUGUCUGUAAUUAGUUAUUCUAGGUACAAGUCUCUCAUGAAAGAAGAAACCACGGACAAACUAAUACAAAAAGUUAACGUUAAAACCACAAAUUUUAAUCACUUUAUCAAAGAUAAACGCACAAGUCUAAGUGAAGAUAUGUUUAAAGAAAUCAUUACAUAUCAUGCGACAAAAGAAGAUAAUAUGAUGUCUUUAAUGAUGGAGUUAAUUUUGACCGACGUUGAUUGUCAAUUAGAAGAUAUAGUUGAUUCUGUUGAGCCAGAACCAGAAGAAGAAGAGUCUGCCAACGGUUUUCAAAUACCUCAGUUUGUCUUUGAGACUAGCGAUUUGGGUAACAGCCUUCCAAGCAUCAGUUCGAAUAAAAGCGAGACCCUUGUCGAUAGUAAUUACCUACAGGUGUCGAAUAGAGCGAAUAUUUUGAGCAAUCUCGGCCUCAGCGACGAAGAUAAAAGCAUACAGAGUAUCUGUGAGGAAACUUUCGAGAUGCACCAGGAGUUGGCGGAUAUUAAGAAAAGCUUUCAGGAGGAUGUUAACAAAGUGAAUGAACUGCUAAAACAAGCCUGUGUUUUAAAAAACGAUUUACGAGAAACCCUGUACCUCAACGAUAUCAUCAAUCUCCUGGAGGGUGACAUCGAAAAAGUUAAACUGAAGAAGCUCCCUUUCCGCAUAUUUUACCGAAGUAUCAAGGCCGGAGAUCGGGACAUCAACCUCAUUAUAUAA